AUGGAAAAAGACCAGCUCACCCUGCCCUGGACAGAUGGAGCACGGAUCCAGGUGCUGGACAACACCAGUAGGCAAAUGGAACAAAGGGACAUCAGAAACCGAUGGAAAUCUGCAAGCAACUAUUUUGUUAAGGGGAUCAAGAAAGCAGAAAAAAGUGGGUCAGCUGGUGGCAAAAGGAAAAAAAUUCCCUAUGAGGACCAACUUCAAUUUUUACGCCCUAACAGAGUUCUCAGACCAACUUCAGGCAACUUUCAGGCACCAUCCAAUACACAACAAGAUGCAGAUGAAGAGCCAAGGUCUGAGCCAGUACAUUCAGACACACCUUUGGAAUCUGAAGCACCAGGCCCAUCCAAUCCGUUGGAAGAUUUUGACCAACAUCUGGAUGUAGAAGAGGAUGUGUCUAACCUUAGCACUGAUCAGCCCCCCAGCAGCACACCUACACCAGCUGAUGGUGAGAUUGAAGAGAUGGAAGAAGCUACUAACAUACCUUCUUCACAAACAACAACAAGACCACCCACUGCUCGAAGGACCCGUAGAUCAAUCCGAAUAACUGAUAGUCAGCUUGAGGUUGAAAGUCAAGCUCUAUCAUUUAUUCGGAGGGUUGACAGCAGUGAUGACAGUUCUUAUUUUGGUUAUGAAAUUGCAUCUUGCUGCCGUAAAGUGCCUUUUGACCGCCUUCUCGGUCCUCUUCUGGGGUUUACCCCUACCAUCCUCCCUUUCAAACACAAUACCCUAGUAGCAGUGUAAUUAGCCACCACAACCCCUCUGCAUCAUCUGCAUUGGAGUCUUUUCCCUCUGA